GAGUAGGAAAUUGCGGUGUAACACCAAAAUGGUCAUAAAACUGAUACUUCUGAUGUUUUUCUUCAAUUCCAUUACCACAUGUUCGGGUGACAACCGAGUGUCUGUUACACUGAUUCCCAAAUGGAAGACUACACCUCUUUUAUCAGAGGCCAGUGAAUACGUUGCUCGAGAAUCAGCAUCUGCAUUCUGGCGGUUUAUAGAUCUCAUAUCGGAGGAUUUAGAAUUUAUGAAGACACAGCUGCUGCCUAACACCAAAGAAUCUCUUUCCAUGGCUAGCAACAGAUUGUUAGAAAAAAGAGUUAAAGAUCUCGCUAUUCAGGCUGUUGGUGCCUCUAACUUAAAAAAUAGCUCCUUAGAGAUGCAUCGUCGAUUGUUUACUCUAUCUGUUUCAUCCAGAAUGUUUUCACCUACAGUCGAAAUGUCACAUCAACUCGCUUUAACCGGUGCAAGCCACUUGUUAAACUUGUCACGUGAAAGAGUUUUGGAGGAAUUGAUUACACGAUCUUCAGGUGCAACGUGGGCUCAUAUAGGGACGGAAGCUGUUUUUUCCGUUGAUAAAUUAAAAGAGUUUAUUAAAAGUGCUAAAAAACCUGAUGCAAAACCGACUUUAUUUCCACUUGACAAAAUUUAUUCAUCGAAAGACAUUUCAAGUGACAUUCCCACUGUAAUUUUGCAUGGAGAUUUAAGUCAUUGUGAAUUUUAUUCCUGGCAUAGAACAUUGAAGGCCUUGUCUGAUGAUGGUUUAUGCAUUUAUGUAUUUAGACAUUAUUUCCAGGAUCGAAAUUCAAAUAAAACUAAUUUAAAUGGUUAUGGUGUUGAACUUGCACUGAAAAGCACUGAAUAUAAAGCUAUGGAUGAUACUAAAACUGAAGAGCCAGAUAACUUGUCUGCCAAAGGAACCGAUAAAACUUUCGAUGUUCCAGUUGUAGCAGGAUUCAAUUUUACACAAUUACAGAGUAUUCAUCCUGAAUUAAAAAAGGAACUGAAUGAAUUCCACAACCAUUUAUUAUCUACAGAUGACGAAUUACGUCCACUGAAAGCUUGGCAAUUUCGUGAUUUAAGUUUACAGGCUAGCCAACUAGUAAUGGAUGCAUACUUGACAGAUGGAAAACAAGAAAGUUUUAUGGGAUCAUAUAUAAAUUCGGGCUUAUGGAGUUUACGGGAUAUUAGCCAAAAUUUGCCAGCAAGGGCUAGUCGACUUGUAAAUGUGAAUGUUAAUCCAAAUAUUCGCAAAGAGUCAGGUACAAAUCAAUAUAUUUUAUCUGGAACUUUCGGUAUACAACCUGGUCAAAGUUUACUACUUUUGAAUGGUAUUUUACUGUCACCUUCUGUUGAUAUAUUUGCUUUACUGGAUGUGGUACGUCACGAAGCGAAAAUGAUGGCACAGCUACAUGACUUAGGAAUACCAGGACCAAAUGUAUCACAACUGAUUACCAACUAUGGUUUGUCUAGUGAAUCUGCUUCAACAUCGAAUGAAGGAGGUAUUCCGGGUUCAAGACAUAGUGUAUCUGGUCAGAUUGUACUGGAUUUAUCAAGUGCACCGAUUGUUUACAUUAAUAAUUUGGAAUCAGAUUCUGCUUAUGCUCAUUGGUCAUCAUCUUUUCAUACGCUAUUCACGCUUGACUUUUCUGGUGGUAUACGUAGAAUACGUAAAAAUUUGCACAAUGUAAUUUUAGUCCUUGAUCCUGCUUCAUCUGAAAGUCGCGAGAUGUUGAAAUUGACAGAGUCUUUUCUGUUGCAUAUGACUGCUAUACGUUUUGGGAUCCUUUGGUCAGUAAAUCCUAAGGUCAAUUCCACUGGUCUUAUACUGACACGUAUAUUUACAUACAUAUCAUCCAGCAUAACUAGAUCACAUGAAUCACCAUUUCCUGUCAGUAUUGACGGUUUAGGAUCUCCUGGUGCAAUGGCAGCACUAUCAUUUUUAACGGAAAUUUAUGCUCAUGCUGAGAAAUUAGACACUAAUCUGAAUAUACAUUUAAUCAAGCAGAAAUUCGAAAAAUUGUUUCCAUCUGCUGAUUCUGAGGAUAUAUUUUCACCAGCUCCUGGUAGUAGUGAUUAUGAUAACGAGGUUUCUGCUCAUCAUGAAUUCUUAGUUCGUUCUGGACUUCAUUCAGUUAAUAAAAUUCCAUUGCUUCUAUUUAAUGGGAUUAUAUUGGAUAGUGAAGGAAUUAGAAAACUUGGUGGUUUUGAAGAUACUGUAGUCACUCUGUGUAUGGAAGAACUCAUGCGUGUACAAUCAGCUGUAUAUGAAGGGCGUAUGUCUGACUCUCAUUCAAUAUUCGAUCUAUACCAGAAGACAGCAACUGUUGUUCCAAGAUUCAAUGCGCGUAUUUUAUUAAAGAAAACCGAUAAUUCAAAUCAAAAAUCCAAUUCUGCUCCAAAAUAUGUCAACUUCGAAGGGAAUUCCAUACAAAAUAAUCCUUCUGAUCAAAAAAUAUCUACUUCUCAGUUGUUAAAAUCAUUUCUGGAUCAGAUGCGUUAUUUUCAGAAAGGAGAUUUAGAAGCAUUCAUUCGACCAGUUACCAUGUGGAUUGUUGUAGGCGACUUGGAUAUGCAUGCAGAUCCAAAUUUAUCUGUGGAACAUCGUUCAUCUCUUGAAAUGGACCUUAACUUAGUACUAAACGCAUUAACAUAUCUUCGUAGUAGUCAUUCUACAAAAGGCUUGCGCAUCGGUUUAUUAUUUAAUCCAUCUGAGUCAACUCAAGUGAAGAAUGUGGAUAGUUGGUUAACUCGUGUUUUAUAUCUCGUUGGAAAUCCUAGCAGUACAUCAAGUAAAUCAAAUGAAACCAAUGAAAUAACGAAAACAAAGUAUGUUGAACAGAUGGCAGCGCGUAACUUUGGCAUCCGUGUAAUUAAAGAGACACUAGAGGCGAUUAAAGCCUCAACAUCUCUCAAAUCACUUGAAGAGCUUUCAGUUUCGAAUAUGGAUUCGAAAAAGAUACAAGCUGCUCUCCAGAGAUUUGACAAAAACAACUUUAUGCAAAUGCAUUCGUCUGUUGCCAGUCGGAUUAUUGGUCUUCAGCCUGGUGAACGAGCUGUUGUGGUAAAUGGUAGAAUUUUAGGUCCAUUGGAGCCGCUGGAGGAGUUUUUAGGGGAGGAUUUUCGUUUAGCAGAACGUAUGGCAUUGAAUAAUGGAGCCAAAGAACUUGGUGAUACUUUGCAAAAGAUAAUUGGCACAACAUCAGACAGCCCUAACACUAUUUCUGAACUCACAUGGCAAAUGUCUUCAGUUCUUCAAUCGGGUAUUGAGGCUACUGGUUCAGUUAUAUCAGAAACGUCUUCAGUAGAUGGGAUCUCCGAUAAAGCUCAGAAUGGACGUAGAAUGCGUCUGCGAGAUGUGACUUACGAUCAUUCAGGAUUCAUCAUUCAAGGAAAUGAAAGUGAACCAAAUUUUGAAUUAGUAGCUAUAAUGGACCCGGCUUCUCGUGAUGCCCAACGUUUGUCCCAUAUACUUAUUGUAUUACAACAUUCAUUACCGUGUACCGUAAAAGUUUUGCUGAAUCCAACGCAUUCCUUAUCAGAAUUGCCAGUUAAGAGUUUCUAUCGCUUCGUAUGGGAACCAUCACUAUUUCCAAAAAAUGAAUCUGCUCAUGUUGAUUCUGCUAUCUCUCCUCGUGCCUACUUCACCAAUUUACCUGGACAGUCAUUACUUACUUUGGGAAUGGAUGAACCACACGGCUGGAUGGUUGCUGCUGUCGAAGCUGUACAAGAUUUAGACAAUUUACGUUUGAUUGAUUAUCGAUCCAACAAACAUUUAGUAGAGGCUGUCUUUGAAUUGGAACAUCUUUUACUUGAAGGUCAUUGUAUUGAAGAGGCAAAUAUGAAACCCCCACGUGGACUUCAGUUUACCCUCGGUCCGACACCAACUACUACAUCAUACGAUACAAUUGUUAUGGCUAACUUGGGUUACUUCCAACUUAAAGCCAAUCCAGGUGCCUGGUAUCUGAAUAUCCGAGCAGGGAAAUCACAAAAGCUUUAUGAAAUAUCUGGCCAAGAACAUACUGACUCUCCAUCAAAUUCAAGUGAAAUUAUCACACUGAUCAGUAAUUUCCGUUCAAAGAUAAUCGGAGUCUAUGUAUCUAAACGUGCAGGACAUGCUGGUGAAAGUAUGCUAGAUGACACUUCUGAUGAAACAACUUCCAAUAGUUGGUUAAAUAAACACUCUGAAGUGUGGUCUACUUUGUCAAAUUAUGCCGAAGAAUAUCGUCCAUCAUGGUUGACUGGCUUAAAACGGUCACUUCAAGCACAUUUACCUUGGGGUAAAUGUACUUCGAAUCAAGAAACUAUCAAUAUCUUCUCCGUUGCAUCUGGACAUUUAUAUGAACGAUUAUUGAGAAUCAUGAUGUUGACUGUGAUUCGUCAUACAAAUUCACCGGUAAAAUUUUGGUUUUUAAAGAAUUAUCUCUCACCGACAUUUAAAGAUUUUAUCCCAUAUAUGGCAGCUGAAUAUGGCUUUGAAUAUGAAUUUGUCCAGUAUAAAUGGCCACGUUGGUUACAUGCUCAAACUGAGAAACAACGUAUUAUAUGGGGUUAUAAAAUUCUCUUCUUAGAUGUUUUAUUCCCCUUGAAUGUAACAAAAAUUAUAUUUGUAGAUGCUGAUCAGAUUGUUCGAGCUGAUUUGAAAGAACUAGCUGAUCUAGAUUUGGGUGGUGCUCCUUAUGGUUAUACACCGUUUUGUGAUUCGCGUAAAGAAAUGGACGGUUUCCGAUUUUGGAAACAAGGUUAUUGGGCUAAUCAUCUAGCUGGUCGACCAUAUCAUAUUUCAGCGCUCUAUGUUGUCGAUUUAACACGUUUUCGUCGGCUAGCUGCUGGUGAUCGACUUCGUGGUCAAUAUCAUGGUUUGAGUCAAGAUCCGAAUAGUUUAUCUAAUUUGGAUCAAGAUUUGCCUAACAACAUGAUCCAUCAAGUGAGUCUAACUGUAAACAUUUAUCUAUCCAACCGCUGAAUUAAGUGUUUCCGUCAUUUUUCAAGUUUCUUUUGAAAUUUAUAAACUAUAUUUCACUUGGUAAUCGUAAAACGAUGGUGAAGUUUAUUUUCCCUGAGGAAUUCACAAGAUUGUACUCGUUUUCCAUGCGAUGUCGACGUUGCUGAGAAUGUCUAACUAUACCUCACCAUUAAAUUUUCCAUGUAAAAGACUUGUAGAAGUUCCAAAAAUGUCCAGUGAAUGCGUUGCGUGUUUGCAGUUCGUUGUCAUUAUUCUUGGCGUUUACGAUAUUCAGUGUUAUAUCGAUGUUUUUUUCAUGCCCGGAAGAUAAUUCCUCACGAUAGUCACUGCAUCGAACUAUUUCAACCUUAUAUCACAGAAACUUAACCGAAUCCCAUUAAAAAAGCCUCACAAACGAACUGCUGGCUUAUUUAUCAUACGCUAACUGGAAUUAAAACAGAGUAUGUAACCUAAAGUAUAACAGUGAAUUACUGUUCAUGUAAUAGUAGUUGGUUAAUUGAAUGCCAAAACUGGGAUUAUGAAACAGUCAAUCAGUUCUUAUCAAAACAGUGGUAAGUUCUUUGAUGUACGCUGUCUCAUCAAUCACUGUGCAUAAUGUAACUCUACGACAAUAUAAGAAUUAAUUGGAUACUUCUAGUCCUCUUUGUAUUUCCAUUCACUCGGCGAUUGUUUGGUUUCCGCACUUAUAGAUUCUAAUCACUAUAAUGAUGCGAAAUUUUGUUUAUCAAAAGAAGUAGACAGUUGCAUGUACUCAAAUAUCUAUGGAAUUAAUUUCGCCUACUAUGAUAUUGGCAGUAGCAAGUUUGUUUUUAUCCAGGAAAUGUUUUCUUUUCCAAUGACCGUAUUAUCUAGAUUUAUAGUCAUCUUCUCAUUUUACAAAAAAGUAAUGAAUUUGACUAAAAUUGCAUAAUCACUUUAUGCUUGAUAGGGAAGGGUCAAAGUGAGUCAAGCUAAGGAGAGCAAUUUAAGUCAGAAAAGUUAUCUAUGCGGGUAAAAAAAAGAUUUAAGUACUUUUAAUAUAAAUAGUGAAAUGGUAAUGACGUCAUUUCAUUAAGUGUUUGAACAGAUGAUAUUAUCACCUCAUAUUCAUCUUUGAAUUACCAAACCGGAUGAUGUUCAUCAACGUGUUUCCAGAGAAUCUUCUUACACAUGACUUUAGGAACCUACUGCUCCACUGAAGGUGCACACAUAAGCAGUUUGUCAUUAUUCACAUUAUCCAAUCAAGUGCAAAACGAAACAGCUGUUGCAUUUUGAUUAUCAGCUGCUGCGCAUUCUCUGAGUCCUUAAUUCUCAGUAAAACUGUUAUAAUGGUAGGUAAAAAUUGCUAUUGUGUGUUCUUACGUAUACUUUCUCUAUGCUCAUGAGUUACCAACUGAAUUGAACAGGAGGCGAGAAAUUUGAAACCCUUUAGCCAACAGUUUGUUUUGAUUUACAGGUAAUGCGUUUAUACAACUGAAUAUCAUAUUUAUCUAAAGCAUAAAAUAAAUUAAAACUAUACAACAAAGCUGCUUAGGUUACGAAGUGAAGAAAACAGUUAACAGUUUCACUGAAGACCAGUUUCCAAUGAAACGGCUUUCUCUACCGAGAAAUAUUUAGAAUCUUUAUUCUAUAAAGUACUGUAAAAAUUACUGUGAGAAUAAAACAAAACCUCUCCAGUACUUCAACAAGAAUUUAUUGAUUCACUCUUUUGCUGUGAUGUUAGAUAUUUAUAGGCCACAGACAAGAACCUUAUAGGGACUGAGUUUAAUGUUCGAUGUCCCUAAACCAUUUUCGACUGCACAUAUUUUUAAAACUCUACCUUAGGUGCCAAUCAAAUCUUUACCACAAGAAUGGUUAUGGUGUGAGACAUGGUGUUCAGAUGAAAGCUUAGCCCAGGCUAAAACAAUUGAUUUAUGCAAUAAUCCUCGUACAAAGGAACCUAAACUGACUGCAGCAAUGCGUAUUGCCCCAGAAUGGGUAGAUUAUGAUCGUGAGAUCAAGAAAUUAUGGAAACGUGUAUAUCCAUCCACUUCGGACACUUCUCCAAGCGGUACGACUCCUGUUCCCGAAUCUACAAUUGCUUCACCCAUCUCUAGACCUCCUUCAUCAAAGGAAAGUACUUCGGAGACGUCAAAAGUUGAUGAUCAUGAUGUCAAAACAGAACUAUAAUGCUGUCUCAAAAUCUUUUCGGAUGCUUUUGUCGCCUUACUUUUCUAGUAAUAUCCAGUGUUACUUGAAUUAUUUUAUGUACAUUGAAUGUAUGUUAGUAUUUGGCUGUGGCUAUGUGGAACACUUUUAAGUUUUCGUCCAUUCCAGCAUGCAUGCAAGAGAUAUGAACUCAUCAUUAUCCCUUCGUAUUACUGCUAAUAUCAGUAAUACUACUAGUACUCUGUUGUUUAGUUCAAUAUGAUUACUGUGUAUAAACAACGAAAGAUAUUCGCACACUAUCAUUUUACUAAACCAUUUUCUUUUGCCACUGGUAUUCUUUCGUGGCUUAGUCUGUUGAUUUUAUGGUUCAGCCUGUGCAUAUCUUAAAAUUGUAUCCUAUGUGCAUAUUACUCUGUCUAACUGUGAAAGCAUCUGUUCAUAUGUUCUUUUAACAAUCAUAUAUACUUUUCUACCAACUCUAUUGUAUAGUUUGUAAUAAAGUUCCCCGAUAUGUACACAUAG